AUGAUAUCGCAUGAAAGGGCUGGCCCGAACAAUGGGCAACAACGAAGACCAUCUCGAUCACCGCGCAGUCAGCGUAGCCGCAGUGCAGAUGUAGAUUGCUUGAAGAAAUACACGGAACGUCGCGUGGAAGAUCGACGGCACACCGAGAUCACCGACUCCAGUAAAUUGGACACGACGAGAUGGAUGCCGUUGCCGAGAUACGUGCCGCGGGGGCUGCAAUCACCCGGGGCCAUCAAGAGAGCGUCGAGGGACGAGCGGCAGGAAAGCAUCGACGAGACGACGACUACGUCAGCUGAGAAUCGAUACGCCAGGAUCGAGCCCGAGAGCGUCGGUCGAUCUCAACCCUCCUCCAGGAGUUACAGCACCGACGUGACCGCCACGAGGCACAUCGAAAAGAGCAUCGUCGAACAGCGAAGACACACGGACUGCAGCGAUCCGCGUACCAUCGCCACGAGGUGGAUACCACAAGUUAACGGUGGAAAGUUUCGCCGAGAGUCGUCUCCUCUCGCAAGAGACAGCUGUGAGAUUACACAGAGUGCGGCUACCCGAUGGAUAACCUCCGCCAAAAGUCCAUCACCCAAUCCCACACCAAAAAAUCCCGACAGAAGAGAUUCCUCGGAGCACAAUAAAAAGGACGAAGAGUCGUGCAAGGACGCGGAUGCCUCUAAGUGGCAACCCUCCAGAAAGUUCUCACCAGCGAAGAACGAAAAAGGAUAUUUACAAAGACAAGACGAGUUGGAUGUCGGCAGAGAUCGCUCUUCGAGUUUUGUCGAUGCUAACGAACGAGCGAACAAACUCAGUCAACGUAUGCGAGAUUUGUACGAUUUCAAGACGGAGAACGAGUGGCCAAAGAGAGCGGGAACCUCUCAGCGCGAUAACGCUUGGAUCAGUAAGAGUAGCAGCGAAGAGGAAAGAGGCAAUUAUCGGCCGGUUCGCAGAAACAGUCAAGAUUUGGAAUUCAAUGACAGAAUCGAUAUAUUCAAGACCAAAGUCGAUGAGGAGGAGGAGGACGACAGACGACGACCAUAUCCAAAGCGCAGUGUUCACGAUGCCAGCGAGGUGUUCACGAACGAACAGGAGGACGAGCGUCUACGGAGGUUCAAUGACAGGGUGCGAUACAGCGAGGAUCGCAAUAUGGAACGGGCUCGUAAUCGAGCUCGUGGACGCACAUACUCGGACGAUUACGAUGAGAAGGUUCGACGUGCGUCCCGGCAACCGCUGGAAUCGCCGACGAUCAGACGGCGAAAUCAACCGGAAACACCGACGAGGAGACCUUUGGUGAACCAGGAGAACAUGCGAAAUUCAGACGUGAGUGCGAGAUUGCGCGACUCGCGUGUCAGCUACGUAGAGGUGGACUUCUCGAAGAGGGAUCCGCGCGCCAGCGACGCCAGUUACGUCAGCAUGAACCUCGAUAAACGGGGCAGCGUUGAGUGCAAAAGCGCGAAAACCCACGAGCCGCCGCCGAGGAGAGCCUUCAGCCAGAGCGACGAGCGACGACCGUCCACCCCGGUGCCGCCGAUUGAGUUUAACGACGAGCGAUACGUCCCCAAGAAGCUGUCGUCGGAAGAGCGAGACAGCACCAGAUACAAAGUAUACCUGACGUAGGGAACGCCUGCGAGAGCGGUUGUUUCGCGAGACGAACACCGCUUUCGCAGAGUUUUCGAUUAAAGUUUACGGACAAAAGGUACAAGUGCAGAAGUACAUAACUCUCGAUGUAGGUGAAACAGAGGAAAAAACAGCUGUGCGACGAGAUGGAUUUCUUCUAAUAACAUUUGUAAGUGUAAAUAUGUUGUAUAAAAAGUUUACUGCGACGAUAUUCAAUGUGUCAAAAUAGUCUUAUGUUGGACAAUGUCCCAUCAUUUUUGUCGUAUGAAGACGAGGAAAGAUUGAUAAGUUAUUUACGAAAGUAAAUAUAUAAAAUAAGAUAUAAAUUAUCUCGAAGGUGAAUAUGAAAUAAGAUAUAAAUUAUCGAAGAAUAUACAAUGGAAUCCGUUGUCUAUAGAUAACUGUUCAACUAUCGUUUACUGUGUUCAACGUAUAAUAAUACGAUAUGUAAACGGAUGGAUGUACGAAACUCAAUAUAUUCUGUUACAGAGCUCUACAAUAAUAUAGCAUCUACGAUCAACGGAGACACGGAAGCCUGAUAAAUGAAAUGUAUUUGUAACAAAUUUACAACGGUUUACUACGUAAUCAGAAGUUUCCUAUUCGUGUUUUUCAUGUCACUGUCCAAAGCGUAACUGCGAUAUAAUAAUUAAUACAAACGGUGUGUAACGCAAAAUACAUAAUAAACUAUUCUUUGAGGAA